UGACAGCAUAUAAAAAGGCGAGUAUCUGAGACAGGAGAGCAAGAGACCAGACAGUUCUUCUAAAGAUAAAGAUCUCUGUACAAAGAUCUCCUCCUGCGAUCAUCUCACAUCUUCUCCAACCUCAGGUUCCAGCAGCUUGUAAUUCCUACUCUCCAGAGACCAUCUAUUCACACACUCCACACACACACCUAACACAUUCCUCAUCACACACUCCUCCACCGUGUGUCAGGAUGAAGCUCCUCCCUCUGGUGCUCCUGCUCUCCUCUUUCUCCUCACUGACCCUGAUGGAGGUUGCUCCGGACGUCAAAUCUUUUGAGAAAGCCUGUGGUGAAUUCUUCAUCCGUAAUGAAAAUGGCAUCAUCAUCAUCCCGACUAUCUUUCCUGGAGAUCAGUAUAAGAUGAUUUGCCAGCUCUGGAAAAACAAAUACAGGUUUGCCACCGUGUACGACACUGUGAGGAGGAUCCCUGUUUACUCCGCCUACACAUUCUCAGGGAAAGAACAGAGUAAACAGAGCUAUGAAUGGAAAAUUGAACCUCAGCUGGAAAAUAUCAUCAAAUAUAAAGACUUGAAAGAGAUGAUUGAUUCCCCAAGAGAAGCAGGAAAAAUAUUUAACCAGGCUGUAGACUGUGAUUAUUCAGGUACAGGGUUUACUAGAGGUCACAUGUUUCCACGCCAGUUUGCUGUUGAUAAGGAUCAAGCAGAAUCCACCUACACAUUAACCAAUGUAGCUCCACAAAAAGGGGACAGCAACCAAAAAUGGGCCACACAAGUGGAGACACCGAUACUUAAAGAAAUAAAACAGAGGUGCAGAUAUAAGGAAAAUGACAAAGUUUACAUUGUGACCGGGGUCGUCCCAGGGGAGAAGUGGAUAUCCAUAAGAAGAAACGGAAUAUAUUAUGAAAAAGGAAUUAACAUUCCCAGUCAUUUUUGGAGUGCUUACUGUUGCAGCAGUAAUAAAGAUGAUGAGAAACUCAAUGCUAAUGCUUACAUCGCUACGCAGGAGAACUUUCAAUCCAAACCCUCCAACAUUCAAGACCUGAAUAAAGAGCUCAGUAAACUGUAUAAUGUACCUUUCAGUGUGUUUCCAGGGUUAGACUUAAAGUAACGGAAAAAAAAGUUUUGCUGUUUUUUUAAAUAAUGCUUAUUACAAUUUCUGCAGCAAGAAACAUGGAAAAUGCUGUAUUAUGUCAGAAUUUUGAAAAAAAUUGUACUAAAUCGAGGCUUUUAUUUACGGCUGCUUUCAAACUCUGUUAUCGCACGUGUUAGAGAUAACUACAGGAAGAGAACAUGUUUUUGGUCGUAUUUUUACAUUCAUUUUUAUUUAAUCUGGUUUACUGACAAUAACUGAUCUGUUCUAGAAAGCAAGUUAGACUACUGUGUUGUUAUGGUUACAGUGUGUGUAUGUCUGUUCUUGUCCAGCAGCACAAAAGAAUUACAA